AUGGCGUCCGCGCAACGAUCCUCCUUCUACGCCGACCCGCGCAGCCCUCCCGGACAAGGCCACUUCCCAUCCUACCCGAGUCCCACAUCUUCCAGCUACCGAGGCGACGGCGACGGCUACGACUACGGCUACGACAGAGCGCCGCCGCGAUCCGGACCAAACAGGCACCCUCCGCAACGUCGACAGCCAUACUUCGAUCCCCCACCGACCGAGGCGUAUCCACCUGCACCGGAAUCCGACGAAAGAUAUCACGAUGACCCCCGCGAACAGUACGACGAGAGGUUUCCCGACGAUCGCUAUGCAGAAGACAGAGGUCCACCAGCCGCAGCAGAGGAAGCAGCCUUGACACCAUACGACGAUGAGAAAGCCGAGGCCGAAUGGCGACGCGGCGUCGAGGAGGCCUAUGCGCGCCAGCCACCGCCCCGCGAGCCCCCGCCAAAUGACUACGAAGAGCGGAGAGCAGAGCUAGAAGCGCGCGAGCGGGAGCGGGAAGUACAGAUGCAGAAGCAGCGGGAAUAUGAGUUGGAGCGCCAGCGGCAGAUCGAGCGUGAUCGCUACUACGACGAAAUCGAGCGCGAGCGUGAGCUGGAUCGACAGUAUGAGCGGGAGAGACGCAGGCGGCGAGAGGAGGAGAUGAUGAUGAGGGAGAAAGCGUUGCGAUAUCCUUCGGACCCGAAGAAGGGCGGACGAGACUUCUUCGGCAGCUCGGAGGGAGAGCGCGGUGUAGCAGCAGAGUUGGCGGGCGGAGCAGGAGGUGCGUGGAUCGGGCAUGAAAUCUCAGAUAGUGCCAUGGGAACGGUAGGCGGACUGGUCGUAGGAGCUCUUGCCGCGAAAGUGCUCGAGAAGCAGUAUCAGAGUCGCAAGAACAAGAAGGAGAUGCGCAGAGGGAGCAAGGAGAUUCCGUAUCCGCCGCCGGGGAGAGAUAUGGACGAUGUGAGAAGAUCGGGGAGAGACGGGGCGAGGAGCAGGCGGAGAGACUCGAGUGAGCCACCAGCGAGUGAGAGAGAAGAGGUGGAUAGAGGUCGGCGCAGCCAGAGUAAGGGGUUGAAGGACCGGGUCAUGAGAUCGUUGAGUAGGCUGCGGUCUAAGAGUAGGGGAGGGGGAGGGGGAGGGGGAGGACGAGGUGGACGACGACGCAGUCCAAGUUACGAUAGCGAGGAUACGCUUGAUCGUUGA